AUGCACGAGGAGGCUGACUGGGAUGACGACAACAGUAAGGUCUUGGACCAAGUCCUGAGGUUGCUGGAGACCCAGCAGCUUUCGCAGCAGGCCUUAAUCGACAGGCUUGAACAGGAGAAGGUCUCCAAGACAUGGGCCAGGGACGCCUUCCAGCACCUGAUCACUGGAUCGGUCUUGGACUUUGUUGCCCACCUGAGCAGUGUGCCUGACAGGAUGCUCCUCGACGCUAGGGACAGCAAUGGUUUGACUUUGCUGCACCAUGCAGCCCGCAUGGGCGUCACCUUGGCAGUGGACACUUGCUUGCAGAAGUGCCCCUUGCUCGCAGACGCCGUCACCAACAUGAACGGCAAGCCCGCCAAUUGGACAGCUCUCAUGGCCUUGAUCGACGCCCGGCCGAACAGUUUCCCGGGUGGCAAUGACACGCUCUGCCACUUGGCCAGCGUCCUGUGCAACCACAUGACGGCCGGCGGUCUUCAGGUGCGAUCCCCGUCUGGGGCAACUGCCUUCUCAAUGGCAGCCUCCAGGGGCCAGCUGCGGGUUGUCAAGGCCCUUUGCUGGGCCUUGUACCACAAGCUGGGCGACUCUGAGCUGGCGUGGUCGCAGGUCCGGCGCGUGAUCAAUACCCCGUCGGGGCCUCGAGGGGCUGGCUGCGUGGACCAGGCGUUGUCCACCUCGACCAACCUGGCCAUGUACUUGAAGAACCAGUGGGGCGGGACAGAGUUGUUGCCCCCGCCAACCACCCCAAAGCGCAGCUGGGGUUGGGGAUCGUCUUGGUCCUCCUGGCAGGAAGGGAGGUGGUGA